GCAUGAUUCUCAUGAAUGACUUUUGGUAUUUUACCAAAUACUGCUCGAAAUGCAUUUAAAGAAAGAAAAAAAAGAGGCGAAUUCAUGAAAGGAUGCAUCUCCUGAAUGGUCUCUUGUUAUAAACCAUAGACAGUGUUGAUUGUUGGUCGUUCAGCAACAUGCCACGAAACAAGAUCCCAAAAGCUCUUCGAGAGUACCUCUCGAAGAUGAAAAGCCCCCACCGUUCACCGAUCCACUUACCCUCCAAGAAAUGGAUGGUGGCAGGGUGCAAGCAUCCUAGGACCCAUUCCAUCGACAUGGACAAAGCCACCACCAACAACGUCAAAGACGACGAAGCCAUGCUAGCCGACAUCGACCGUUUCCUCUUCGAGAAUUUCAAGUCCCUCUUCCUCGAAGAUCUCGACGACUCCAACAGCAGCGACAACAGCCGCCACGGAGCCAAGUCUCCGGAACUCUGCCCCAUCAGGUUCGACUCUUCUACAAGGUUCCACGACUUUCAUCCCGCCCUCUUCACGGAGACCACCACGGAAGGCGGCUCCAGCUCCACCGCGUCCGAAAACGAGGGCGGAGAGGACCUCAUGCUGCUCCCCACCAACUGCGUGGUGGUCCUGGCCAACUCCGCCAGCCCCAGUGAGGAUUUCCGGCGAUCCAUGGAAGGCGUGGUGGAAUCCAGAAUAAGGAACCAGGAGAAGGUGGAUUGGGACUUCAUGGAGGAGCUUCUGUACUGUCACAUGAACCUUAACCACAAGAAGACCCACAAGUACAUUCUCAAUGCCUUCGUCGACGUCGUCACCGCCAUGCGCGCCCAACCGGAGUCUCCCGACCGACCUAAAGAGAUAACUCCGGCAAAGCCCAAGCCACGAAGCGUUCGAACAGUUAAGAUUGGAAGGGAGGUGCGGAAGAAGACAUAGGAAAUCACCUUAGAAUUUGGGUCACCGUAAAUUUCCUUGUCAAAAUAAAAUUACUUGUUUGAUAAUAAAAAAGAUCGAAGGAGCUUGGUUUUUUUUUUUAGUUUAA